GCUGAAGUUCCAGUGAGGAGGCGGUAUUCUGAAGUUGUGCACACGCAGAUUCGCACGAACAUCCCCGAGAUUGCCUCGAUCAGUGUCAUUCGUGUUGAGUCGCCGACAAGCAGCACGAACAACAAAGGCUUUCAGGUACUUGCUGGCAUCAAGGCGCACGCGCAAAACCAGCGCGAGGAAGGCGGUAGCAGCCGCGGUCUCGGAGGAGGGCAAAGAGAUGCUCGUGACCGCCAGCCCAGUAUCAUCGUGGAGGAGGACGAGGAGGA